AGCAUUUUGUGUGUCAGAUAGUAGGUGGGAAGCAGAGCAGAGCAGAGAUAAGGUUGGAGCCUUUCUCGGGAGGCAAAGAUGGUGAUCGAAGCUCCUCCUGGAUAGGUAGAGAAGAUGAUCGAAGCUCCUCCUUGGAUGGAUCGGCAGCAAAUCAACAGCGUCUUCUCAUAAGGUCAAAGAACCACGUGAAGGCUUUAGAAAGAAGAUCAAAAGGAGGUUGAAGAGAGGAUGAGAUCGGAGAAGAAGAAGAAGAGUGGAGGAGCAGAGGCGUCCUGUAGAAGAAAUUUUGAAGCUAUUGCCUGGACCACAUUUGGAAACGAAGAGGGUGGAUUUUCAAAUAGUCCAUCAUUUGACACUUUGGGUUUCAACCAGUUUGGCCAAGGUAGCAUAUGGAAGGCGUGCCCUGGUACUUGUUGUCUUUGUUGGGGUGUUACCUUUGCAGAGAUCUCUGCACUCCGAUUUUUCAGCACUCAGGAGGGCAUGGCAUACGAUUUGAUUAUUGCAGCAACAAAAAUAGUCAAUGGCCAAACCUUGAUUGAACCGUUUGUGGAAAAGCUAGGUUGAUUAAUGAGUGUAGUUUUGUCAGAUUAUCAUGUCGAGCAUAUUUGUUUGCAAUGGUGAGUUUAUAUUGAUAUCACAUCCAUUUAAUGACUACGCUAGAUGGUGAGUUUAUAUUGAUGUCACGUCCAUUCUAGAAUUAGACUAGUUCUUUUUCGGACGUUGUCUUGGUGAAAGUUUUAUUGGAGCUGUGUAAGCCAUAUGUAAUAGUAUGAGCGCUAUUUUUCUCUGCUCUUUUUUCAAUGGAGCAAAUGAUAUAUGCAACAUAUUUACCCACGUUCUUGUCGUAUUCGGAUUUUAUGAUCUAUUGUAUUAUUGACAUGGAAGCUUAAAAUUGUAUACGUUUGGUGGGAUCAAACUCUUUCCAUCAUCUUCACUCUAGUUACAAGAUCAUAUUAUUAGCAUUUGUCUGUUUAUCUUUUGGACAAUUAUUUCACUUAUUAUAUAUGUACAAAUAUACCUUUAACAUAAGUAGCUUAUCAUAAAAUAUUGUUUGGUGA